AUGGAUUCCGCUAUAAAGUUCCUUUCCAAACACUUCCCUUUACUUCCAAACAAUGUUAUAACUGAAAUUAUUCAGUUAUGUGAUCUGAAAUCAAUCGAACGUUUAAUGAACAUUGAUGUUUUUGAACCAGAGUUGUCCUCUGACUUGGUGAGACAUAUUGAGAUUUAUAAUCCAAAUAAAUAUGAUGUAAAUAUGACAAGAGAAUCAAUUCCAAAUAAGUUACCAAGAUUCGUUUUAAGUCGAUUACCGUCAAGUUUCAAACCUGAAAGUGUUCAUAUUAUCGGAAGAAUUAAUUAUAUACACGAGUUUGUGGUUACAAAUUCUGAAUUCUUUAAGGAUAUUAAAGAUAUUAGAAUCUCUGUGGAGAUAGAAGUAAAUGAAGAAGUUGAAGAGAACAAAAAAGAAGUGUUUAGCGCUCCGCUUGAUUAUAGGUACGAUCCUGAGGAGACAGAUGAUAAGCGUGAUAUUCGUCAACAAAUUGCAACAGUUCCGAAGCUAAUUCAAUUUCCGAACUUGUCUAUGUUCGAGUUUGAAUUUUAUUCUUCAUCAUCUGACUCAACACUUCAUGUUCAAUUCAAAGUUGAAAGAAACACUGAUUUGCACAGCUUAUUACAGUUCUCUGAAAAGAUGUAUCAAUUCAAAAACUUUUCAAGUAUUAUUAAGAAAUUACCAAUCUCAACUGAUUCCAUCAGUGCUGAUAAUAUCAACUUCAUGAAUUAUAAACGUAUACAUGGGUUAAAGUCAUUACAUUUGCUGGGUGUAAGUGUAAAUAAUUUAAACUACUUACCCAAUUGUUUGGAAAAUCUUACAAUCAAAAACUGUCAUUUUGAAUCAUUUUCGGGUCCAGUUUCAUGGCCAACAAAUAUGAAAUCUAUUGAAAUUACUAAUAGUGUUAAUGGGGCCGUUUUAGAAUUAUAUCAAAUUGGCCGGAAUCUUUACAAUCUUUAA